AUGAUCCCAAUCCGCCGUCGACUGCUACUAGGCGUUCGAUAUCGCGAACCGUUUCGAAGAUUCAGCUCGUUAAAGUCUCUCAAGGAAACCGGUGCCCCCGUAGACAUCCACCCAGAAGUUGAAGACGCGCUAGCGAGGAACAUCCCUGUCGUUGCACUUGAAACUGCUCUGGUGACGCAUGGUCUACCUCAUCCAUACAGCUUCGACGUGCCGCUGGAACUUGAGGGAGCUGUGAGAGGCACUGGUGCCAUUCCAGCCACCAUUGGCCUUGUCCACGGCCGCGUAAAGAUUGGGCUUGAGGAGCACGAGUUGGAAAGGCUGGCAACGAGGACAUUUCAACCCGCAAAAAUCUCAAGGCGGGAUGUUGCUGCUGCUAUUGCGACUAAAUCCGAUGGAGGUUUGUGGGAUGAUGCUUCACCAUCCAUCCAGCCUAAUGAAGCAUUGAUAGGAACCACUUGCAGUGCUACUUUGCUACUCGCCUCUCUGGCAGGAAUCAAGGUCUUUGCAACCGGCGGGCUCGGAGGUGUCCAUCGUGGCGGAGAGAAUUCCAUGGACGUCUCUGCGGACCUUCAAGAAUUGACGAGAUGCCCUGUUGGGCUAGUGUCCUCGGGCGUAAAGUCAAUUCUAGAUAUUGGAAGGACCCUGGAAUAUCUGGAAACCGCAGGCGUUCCUGUCAUCGCCUAUGGAGGGACAAAAGAGUUCCCUGCUUUCUUUUCUCGACAUAGUGGCCAUCAUGUUCCAUGGAACGUUGAAGAUCCUUCAAUUGCAGCCAAGAUGCUUCACGCGCAACUUCAAUUGGGAAUGAAGAACGGAAUGCUGUUUGCAGCACCUAUCCCAGAGCAAUACUCGGUCGCCGGUGAAUUGAUCCAGCAAUGCGUAAAUCAAGCUGUCCGUGAGUCAGAGGAGAACGGUGUUGCACAGAGUGGGAAAGAUGCAACACCUUGGUUGCUCGGCCGAGUCCUGGAACUGAGCAAGGGGCAGUCGCUUGAAUCAAACAUUGCACUCUUGAGAAACAAUGCUGUCAUUGGUGGAAUGAUCGCCGUUGAAUAUGCGAAACUGAUCGGGGUGGGAGAACAGUCUGAUACCACGGCUUACACUCCGCCGCCCGGAAAAACCGUCCCCUUCUCGAAAGAUAACGCAGGCCAAACAAAGAACCCACCGAAGCCAGGUCCGGUCGAUAUUGCAGUGGUAGGAUCUGCAGCCCUGGACAUCACAGCCAAAGCCGACAGCAGCGUCAACCCGUCACUUGCCCCUCAUUCGACCAUACCUGGAUCUGUAUCCUUGACGCUCGGGGGUGUCGCUCGGAACAUUGCUGAAGCAUCCUCCCGCGCUGCCCAGGCUGCAUACCAAGGUGUGAGCUCAGUUUUGGUCUCCCCCGUCGGAGAAGACCUCUUGGGCCACAUCCUGACCGAAGAAAUCACUCGAUUCGUCCCGCGACUCGCUGCCCACUCUCCUAAAUAUGUUGCUUUUGACGGCAAUCUCGAUGCUAAUAGUAUGCAGACCUUGGUUCAUUAUUGUCAAGAGCAGAAAACACAGAUUCUAACAACUGCCAGUGAACCAACUUCUGUGGUCAAAUCGGCAAGGAUACUCCCAACCCUCGCCUCUUGGUUGAAGACGGCACGUCCUACACAGCCCCUCGUCAAUCAUUUUACCCCCAACGUCUUGGAACUUCAACACGUUUACGAGGAGGCACGCUCGGAAGAGUACGAUCUGAUGGCAAGUGACUGGUGGUGGGACAACGUCAACAGUCUCUCCCUUGGAUCGAACUUCAGGCUUGAAGUCGAACAACUAGCAAGACAGGCUGUAGAUGAUCAUGAUGCGUCUAAAGGAACCCUUGCCUUCCUGACGGAGCGAGGAAUUGCACAAAUGGCCGUCCACCUCCUACCCUUCUUCCAGCACAUCUGGAUCAAGUGCGGCGCACAGGGCGCUAUCGCUGUCAUGCAGAUAUCAGCUGAAGAAGCAUCGUCAUCCGGUUUCGCAAAUGAACAUACCAAUAUCGCGAAGAGGAGGAUCGUCGCGCAUGGGAAUGGGGGCGAGAUACUCGUCCUGCAACACUUCCCUCCCCUUAAGAUUGGGAAGGCAGCCAACGUCACGGGAGCUGGGGACACGUUUGUUGGCGCUCUCCUUGCCGGCAUCGCCCAUGAUGGAAAGCAAAUCUACGACACCCAAGGCCUUGAAAGUGUUGUCAAUACUGCUCAAAAGGCGGCCUGCCUUACACUCGAAUCGCAUGAUGCAGUCUCUCCAUUGGUGUCGAGCUUAUCGAAGGUAUCUAACUAG